AUGAGAGUUUCUGUCGCCGCCAUCGGCGCCGUCUCACUCGGCAGCCACGUCCUGGCCGAAGCACCGCUCAACAUUGUCGGCAUUCCCGUCAUCAAAGAGAUUGCCGACAUUGACGGCCAGUGGAAGUUUGACGCCUGCCACAAGGUCGACUCGGCCGUCGACGGCCUCAUAUGGCCGUGCGCCUCGCAGCUCCGGACGCGCGUCAAGUUCUGCCCCCAGGUCGCCACCACGGCCGCCCAGCGCAUCGCCCAGCGCGACUGUCUCUGCGGCGUCGGCAGCUCGUUUCUCGUCGACGCCGUCGCCUGCUCCGAGUGCAAGGUGCAAAACGGCCUGCAGCCUGCGACGCAGCGGGAGCAUUGGACCCAGUACUACAACGAGGUCGGCGACAAGUACUGCAAGCGCUCCGAGGUGCCCCUGAGCUUUGAGGCUUUCACCGAGGAGCUCAACAACAGGAUGCCCGUGCCCGAGGGCGGCCAGAACUUGAACCAGCAUGUGGGUGUUGUUGACCCCAGGAUAUACUAUGAGUCGGCCCAUCUCCCUGUGCCCAAGACGCAAGGGGCUGGCAAGUUCACGCCAGCACCCACCGAGGUCGGACACAACGACACCGCCCCCGUCGCCGUCACGGAUCCUCUGGCCGGCCAAGUCAAAGUGCCCGUCUUUAUUGUCGUCGUGAACCUGCCUUCCGCAAAUGAGACCAACACCGCGUCCAUUAGACCAACCACUCCUGUCAGCACGUCUGCUCCCUUCCGCAACACUACCCAACCGACCUCUACCUUCCUCACCAUCACGACGACUUCCAGCUCCACCUCGUCCACCACGACCUCGAUCAAUGUCCUGCCCGCCACCUCUGUCGUUGCCGCGCCCGGCACCGUCAGCGGCCCCGUGGAAGAGCACACGGUUGUCAUUGACGGCCAGCGCUGCGUCGUGCUCAUCAUGUGGAUCAUUGUGGACUGCUCGCCCAAGGUGGAUGCCGGCGGCAACUUUGCCAUUGACUUUGAGAAUACCGGCAUCGACAAGACCGAGCCCGUCAUGAAGCUCGAGAAUGGCGCCCAGUUUGACAAGGUCAAGGACGCCAUGGCCGAUGCCGGCAAGAACGAGAUGCUGGCAGAGCAGGCCAAGCAGCGUGUUGAUACCGCCGCCCCCGUCGUCGCCGCUCCCGAUAACGCCAGCAACAAGGAGCUGCUUCCUGCGAAGCAGAGCACCGGCGGUAGCAAGGGCCCCUCUUCCAAUGAGAUCAUCUGCCCCGACGGUACUGAGAUUAUCAAGGGCCCUAGCGGCGGCUCGGAGGCUGGUGCUUCCGCCCCUGUUGGUACUAUCAAGCCGAUUGCUGCCAACCUUGCUCAGGACUCCAGCAAGCCUGCCCAGGACUCCAGCAACCCUGCUCAGAACGCUGGCAACCCUGCUCAGAACGCUGGCAACCCUGCUCAGAACUCUGCCAACCCUGCCCAGAACUCUGCCAACCCUGCCCAGGACUCCGGCAAGCCUGCUCAGGACUCCAGCAGUCCUGCUCAGGACUUCGGCAAGCCUGCUCAGGACUCCAGCAAGCCUGCUCAGAACGCUGGCAAGCCUGCUCAGAACGCUGGCAAGCCUUCCCAGGAUGCUGCCAACCCUGCCCAGAACUCUGCCAACCCUGCUCAGAACUCGAGCAGCCGUCCCGGCAGCUCCGUCGGUCCAUCCGACGCCCCGGCCUGCGUUUGCCCGGCGACCAGCACGGCUCCCGCCACCCCGGAUGCCAAGGAAAUCUGCACCAAAUCGGACAAGACCAAGAACGACUGCCUGGCUCUGUGCGACGACGACGUGCGCAGCUGUCUGUGCUCCGAGGCCAGCUUUGCGCACCUGCGCUUCUUUGACGAGGCCAUCAUCUGCGCGCGCCGAGACGUGGAUGCCCGCCAGGGCGAGUUUGAGGCGCAAAUCUUUUUCGAGGUCAAGGCCCGCUACUGCCAGCACAAGCAGUUUGGCAACGACUUUGCCGCCGCCUACGCCAGCGUCGAUGGCGAGUGGAGAGAGGCCAGAAACCCGAAUCCUAUUCUGAGCUAG